GCCCCAGCGGCGGCCACGGACUCCGAGCCCGCGCGGAUGUGAGAUUCCCGGCUCCCGGCGCCCGCCGACCGCCGACCGCGGCGCUGCGCUACUUCGUCCCAGAGGCGGCGGCUGGGUUGGCUGUGUGGCUUGUGGAUUUUUAAAAAUUUGGCUCCGAGGAGGACCAUUUCCUCUCGACAUGCAUCCCUCCGGAUAAACUGAACAUCCCUCGGUCCAUCCCCCGCUCCGCGCGGUCAGGGGCAGGCGCUGGGUGUGCGAAGAGGAUCCGGGUUGAAAUCUGCGCCCCCGGUUCUUGUCCCCGCCCCGUCCCACCGCCCCCUCCCCCUCCCGGAGUCGAAAUUUCCCGGGGAUUAUGUUUCCGAAAGGAACCCAGCGAGGAAAUACAUGCACUCGCUGAGAAUCGCCGGAGCCAGAACGCUCCACGACAAGGUGUAGGGAGACUGUGGGGUGGGGUGACAGGGGACCCAGCGCCCCGGCGUCGGUUCUUCAUUCCUGCCCUCGGGGCGGACGGAGUGAUCCCGACCCCCCACUCCCCGCCCCGACCAUGGUAGUGUUCAAUGGCCUUCUUAAGAUCAAAAUCUGUGAGGCCGUGAGCUUGAAGCCCACAGCCUGGUCUCUGCGCCAUGCGGUGGGACCCCGACCGCAGACUUUCCUCCUGGACCCCUAUAUCGCCCUCAACGUGGAUGACUCGCGCAUCGGCCAAACGGCCACCAAACAGAAGACCAACAGCCCGGCCUGGCACGACGAGUUCGUCACCGAUGUGUGCAACGGGCGCAAGAUCGAGCUGGCGGUCUUCCACGAUGCCCCCAUCGGCUACGACGACUUCGUGGCCAACUGCACCAUCCAGUUUGAGGAGCUGCUGCAGAACGGGAGCCGCCACUUCGAGGACUGGAUUGAUCUGGAACCAGAAGGAAAAGUGUAUGUGAUCAUCGAUCUCUCGGGGUCAUCGGGUGAAGCCCCUAAAGACAAUGAAGAGCGUGUGUUCAGGGAGCGCAUGCGGCCCAGGAAGCGGCAGGGGGCCGUCCGACGCAGGGUCCACCAGGUCAACGGCCACAAGUUCAUGGCCACCUACCUUCGGCAGCCCACCUACUGCUCCCACUGCAGAGAUUUUAUCUGGGGUGUCAUAGGAAAGCAGGGAUACCAAUGUCAAGUUUGCACGUGUGUGGUCCACAAGCGAUGCCACGAGCUGAUCAUUACGAAGUGUGCUGGAUUAAAGAAGCAGGAAGCUCCUGAUGAGGUGGGCUCCCAGAGGUUCAGCGUCAACAUGCCCCACAAGUUUGGAAUCCACAACUACAAGGUGCCCACCUUCUGCGACCACUGCGGGUCCUUGCUCUGGGGCCUCUUGCGACAGGGCUUGCAGUGCAAAGUCUGCAAGAUGAACGUCCACCGGCGCUGUGAGACCAAUGUGGCCCCCAACUGUGGGGUGGACGCCCGAGGCAUCGCCAAAGUGCUGGCUGACCUCGGUGUCACUCCAGACAAGAUCACCAACAGUGGCCAAAGGAGGAAAAAGCUCAUUGCUGGUGCCGAGUCCCCACAACCUGCUUCUGGAAGCUCCCCAUCUGAGGAGGAUCGAUCUAAGUCAGCACCCACCUCUCCAUGUGACCAGGAAAUAAAAGAACUUGAAAACAACAUCCGCAAGGCCUUGUCAUUUGACAACCGAGGGGAGGAGCACAGAGCAGCUUCAUCCGCUGACGGCCAGCUGGCGAGCCCUGGUGAGAAUGGUGAAGUCCGGCAAGGCCAGGCCAAGCGCUUGGGCCUGGAUGAGUUCAACUUCAUCAAGGUGUUGGGCAAAGGCAGCUUUGGCAAGGUCAUGUUGGCAGAACUCAAGGGCAAAGAUGAAGUAUAUGCUGUGAAGGUCUUAAAGAAGGACGUCAUCCUUCAGGAUGAUGACGUGGACUGCACGAUGACAGAGAAGAGGAUCUUGGCUCUGGCACGGAAACACCCUUACCUAACUCAACUCUACUGCUGCUUCCAGACCAAGGAUCGCCUCUUUUUUGUUAUGGAGUAUGUGAACGGUGGAGACCUCAUGUUCCAGAUUCAGCGCUCCCGCAAAUUUGACGAGCCUCGCUCCCGAUUCUAUGCUGCAGAGGUUACGUCAGCCCUCAUGUUCCUCCACCAACAUGGGGUCAUCUACAGGGAUUUGAAACUGGACAACAUCCUUCUGGAUGCAGAAGGUCACUGUAAGCUGGCUGACUUCGGGAUGUGCAAGGAGGGCAUUAUGAACGGCGUGACAACCACCACCUUCUGUGGGACUCCUGACUACAUUGCUCCUGAGAUCCUGCAGGAGCUGGAGUACGGCCCCUCAGUGGACUGGUGGGCGCUGGGGGUGCUGAUGUAUGAGAUGAUGGCUGGGCAACCCCCCUUUGAGGCUGACAAUGAAGACGACCUGUUCGAGUCCAUCCUCCAUGAUGACGUGCUCUACCCAGUCUGGCUCAGCAAGGAGGCCGUCAGCAUCCUGAAAGCUUUCAUGACCAAGAACCCUCACAAGCGCCUGGGCUGUGUGGCUGCACAGAAUGGGGAGGACGCCAUCAAGCAGCACCCUUUCUUCAAAGAGAUCGACUGGGUGCUCCUAGAGCAGAAAAAGAUCAAGCCACCCUUCAAACCUCGAAUUAAAACGAAAAGAGACGUCAAUAACUUUGACCAAGACUUUACCCGGGAAGAGCCAGUUCUCACGCUCGUGGAUGAAGCGAUUGUGAAGCAGAUCAACCAGGAGGAAUUCAAAGGUUUCUCUUACUUUGGUGAAGACCUGAUGCCCUGAGAAGCUGCUCCAGGUGGAGUUUGGUGGUGCUGCAAGAAGGGGUGCCGAGAUUCCGAUUUCCAGAGGCUCACAAGGUCUUGAACUACUUCUCCUCCCCAGCCCCAGUCCCCUUCCACACUCUAUUUAUUGCAUUCCCUGACCUCUGGCCAGUCCCUCCUUCCCUCUACCCGGUGAACCAGAAGGCACUCUUUGUUCUUGUCUCACGAAUGAUGCAGAAUCACGUGGGGUUAGCAGUUCGCAGGACACACUGCCGUGCUUGGUCUGUUGGUGAGCCACGUUCCUCUCCUGGAGGUGCCUGGCAGUGAAGCAACUUCAGUUCUUUCACUGUGAAGAGAGAAAAAAGUAAACAAGAUGACUCCGCCUCUACUAUUGGACAGAGAGUCCCAGCCGCUGUCAUGUAUCACCUCCUGACACCCCUCUACCCCCACCGUCACCUGCCACCCUCUGCCUUUCUGUCCAAGAGAAGAGACUGGUGCUUCCUCGGCAUGGGGUGGGCACUCUGGAGUCCUGCCUGUGAAGGAGAGGAACUGAGAGGUGCACGGGUGGCCACUGUUCUGGUUUGCUCUGGAACAGCUAAUUCUUGCUUGCUUUGGUCUUAGCUGUCGGGCAUGCCGAAGUCGUGUAAGCAUGCAUCUCGUGGAAGAGAUCGCUCCUUGUAGAAAAAGAAAUUUGAUUUUGAACUCUGCUAACAUUUUAAAAAUAUAUAUAUUUUCAAAUUUGCUUUCUAAUUGGCCAAAAGAUAUAAAAUUCAAUAUUAACCGCAGGUAGAUAUUAAAGGGCUAAUAUACAAUGAAAACCGGUUGUCCACAGCUGCGGUGUGAUGCUCUCAUGGCACACGGGCUUGUUUGAAGCAAGAGGAGUGAAACAAGUCACCGCCUCAUUAUCUUGGUUCCACCUGAACACAAAGGCCACUGCCGUGAUGGCUAAGACCCUGGGGUUCCAGCCAAAUUUGGCUCUCAAAUUCUCUUUCCAGUUUCAUCCUAAGUUCCCAGCAUAAACUCGCAUUAUUUAUUUUAUGCAACAGUGUGUUCUUUUUGCGCACUUCUACAAAAUGAUAGUACUACUGUGUUGUGGUUUUUAAACAUUAAACAUGUAAAGUUAAAGGUGAAUUGUCUGUUUUCGGAAUGAGCAGAAUGAGGAUAAGACCUGGGUUUUCCAGAGGACACCAAGAGACCGAAGAGCAGCUUGCUUGAAAACUGAAAACAGUAGGGCAAGAAGCCGUGGGACUUUGGUUUCUGUGUGACAUGCAAUGGCAACUCCUAUGGACACUACUUAAUGGGUGUGACGUUACCUCCUGCAGAUACGCUAACAGUGUUGCAUUCUUUGAUUUCCAAGGGUUCUCUGUGGCUUUGUGUGUAUGUUUCCUGGAGGUCAUUUGAUUAUCUAUUUUAACUGAACUGAUUUAGCAGGGAAUGGAAUCCAUUCCAACUGUUGCACGUGGAUUUCCCAGCUGCCCCUAAAUAUAUAUACUUGUGAGUGGCAAAGUGGCACUAAAGAAGCUUUUUGCCUUUUGUACAUUUGAGAUUUUUGUAUAUAGUGUUUGCUGCAAGGCCUGUGGAAUUAAUUCAUUGACUUUAGAGGUAUCAACUGCUGCAUGUUCAGGCAUAUUAUAAAACUUUAGUCUAUGAAAGAAUAAUUAUAAUAAUGUCCAGGUGCAAUACUCUGUAAGUGUAUUGGUUCAAGUUACCGAGAGAUAAAGUGUGUUAUUUUCUUUCUUGGUUUCUUUUAUUUUGGGGGUGGGGGGAAGGAUCCUUUGUAAUGUUAAUUUCAUUUUGGUUUAUUGUAAAAGAUGUAAACAUAUAUUAAGCUAUAUUAAAUCUCACCUAUCGUUCUCCUGUGCUCUAUUAUGCUCUGAUAGAGAUGGAGAAGAGAAAGGAAUAUUUUUGAUGGUUUCAAAGCUUCGACAGUGACUAGCUGGAGGCCCGGGAGAGCGGGUGUCCAUAUGGGCAUCUGGCUGGUCAUAGCCUCUGUGGCUAAUGAUGGCAUUUGGUUCUCUUUUGUUUUUAUUUUUUAAAAACUCAGGUGUAAUUAUUAUCUGUUCUUAUGAUAAUUUCAACCAUUAUGCUCUAUCAAUUUGUGUUUGGCAUACCAGUGAAGUGAUGAAGAACAGUGGAUUAAUUUAAUUUAUCUUUGGUAACUUGACUGUACUGGGGAGAGACUUAUCUUCUGGAGUUGAGUACAAGCACAGAAACAUCUUCAUGGUGGUAUCAUCUCAUUUUUUAGGACGACAUGACAAUACUGCCCAUCAAACCCAUGUAUCACUACUGCUCUCUGUUAUUCCUUCUGCUUCCUUCACCAUGAACUUCAAGCAGCCAAGCAAACCCUAAUUGCAAUGCCUAAUGAUCAUGCCCAAGAGCUUGGUUGGUGUUCCCAUGUCAGCAGGGCUUGGGCCCUUUCUACAGACAACUGACACUUUUUAUGCUGGGGAGUCAAAUAAUAAUACAUUCCACCUAGCAGCUCCAGACAGUCAGUCAGCAGGUCACCUUGCCCAUGGCUGUGUCCUUCCAGGACCAGGACCUGCUGCCAGGGUGCCUCCUGCUUGCCACUAGAGCUCAUCAAGUUCUCAGACAGGCAGAUUCAAACCCGUGUCUACGGAAAAAAGCUUGUGUGUUCGAGUAUUCAUUGUUUCAUUCUAGUUUUCACCAGUUUGGAAGCGGACACACUGUUACAUUUCUGCUGAUUCUUUCAAAUCUUUCCAGCACUCUUUUUUUUUUUUUAACGAAAAAAAAAAGUGCAAAAAAAU